AUGCGUUUUCAUGAUACUUUGUUUGUGGGAAUUACCACUAUCUUUUCUCUAGGCGCAGCUAUUACACCGUCAGCUUUGAAUUUAGCCAAUUCGAACAACCUAGGCCUAGAAUCCCUUGAUCCGGCAAUAUAUGCCCGGAUUCUAGAGCUCGGCAGGGAGUACGGAGGCGUUGAUAAGUGUCAAUUGGCAUGUAAAAUUCUCUCUAUCCUCUCUCCCACCAAACUCACCACCCCCUCGUCUCCAGCCUACACACCCCUCCCAUAUUGGUCAGUUCAACAACCCGAAGUUGUACCGAGCUGUCGUUUCGACGUUACCAUUCCUCAAGAUAUCUCUACAACUAUCAAAGUUUCUCACUUGACGGAUUGCCCUUUCGCUGUGAAAUGCGGGGGACAUGCGUCGUUUGCUGGAGCAUCCAGUAUACAAAAUGGUAUCUUGGUCAAUCUGCAAAAAUUAAAUACAGUUCAAUUGAGUGCAGAUAGAGGAACAGUAAGUAUCGGACCUGGAAAUACAUGGUAUGAUGUCUAUCAGGUGUUAGAUCCAUUGGGAAUAAGCGUAGUGGGAGGAAGGGAAGCUGGAGUGGGAGUGGGAGGACUCACGCUUGGAGGUGGAAUAUCUUAUUUCUCUGGCAAAUAUGGAUGGGCUUGCGAUAAUAUUCUCAAUUACGAAGUUGUUCUCGCAGACGGCAGUAUAGUCAAUGCAUCCCCAACAUCACAUCCAGAUCUAUACCAAGCCCUUCGUGGCGGAUCCGGGACGAAUUUCGGGAUAGUCACGAGGUUCGAUGCAUUUGCAUUUGAACAAGGACUUUUAUGGGGAGGAUCUAGAUUUUACAGUUUGGCUUCUAAUGCUUCACUCUCAGAUGUAUUUUCGCAGUUUAUUGUUGAUGCUCCGACUGAUGAGGAUGCCCAUUUAUAUAUUGGUUGCGGAUAUGUACCGAGUUUGGGAGGAUUUGUGACGUUGAGUGGUCCCGUGUAUGCAAAGCCGGUGGCAAAUGCGACAAUUUUUAAUGCGUUGAACGAUGUAGUAAGUUUGGGAGAUAUGACAGGAGUAGCGAGAUCAGUACUGACAUACCAAAUUCUCUCUGGUUACAGAUGGAAAACGGUUACUUUCAAAAAUAACGCCACUCUCUUCAAAAAGAUUCAUGAUAUCUUCGUGGAAGAAGCAAACCGCGUCGUAGAAGUUCCAGGAAUUAUGCCAUUCAUGGCACUUCAACCUCUUUCACGUAAUAUCAUUGAACAAAUGCAGAAAAGGGGUGGGAACGUAUUGGGCUUAGAGACGGAAGGAGGCCCACUUAGCAUAAUGAACCUGAACUGGGGAUGGGAAAAUGAAGAAGAUGACGACAAAGUCUUCACGGCAUUGAAUCGAUUUGUAGAAAGAAUUGUUGAUUUGGCAAAAGACUGGGGACUUGACAAUCAGUUCAUUUACAUGAAUUAUGCGAGUGAAGAACAAGACGUUUUUGGUGGCUAUGGAGAGGUUAAUGAGAAGAAACUUAGGGAUAUACAAAGGAAGUAUGAUCCCGAGGGAGUCUUUAAAAGGCUGCAGCCGGGGUAUUUCAAGCUUUGACUGGAGAAUGAU